UUGAAAUAAAAAUAUUUACGCUGAAAUAGUCAAUAUUUUAAUUUGAAAGUUUUUAUUUUAAAUCUGCUUUAUAAACUACAUAUAUACAUCGUGAACAAGAAAUGUUGUAUUAACGGUUUUUGAUGUUAACUUGUAUUUUAUAAAUACAAUUGCAAAUACAAACGCAUAUACGUAUAUACGUGAGUGUUCCUUCUGCAUCGAUAAAAUAUAUUAUAUAUUUAAUAAUAAUAAUCGUUUAUAAAAUCAAAUUGUUUCUACUAUCAUAGAGUGACUAUUUUGUUAGUGACGCGAUCGCUCUUUUUUAUGAUUGAAUUCGGCUCGGUUGCCGAAGGUAACCGAAGGUGACUUCGGCUCGCGUCAGCUAUCCACAUAGAAAAUGGAGUUUGAGCGGAGCGAGCGAAGCAGCUAUUUUCUACCGUCAAUGGGUGCAGAGCAAGAGUUCUGAGUCGAGUGUACUUUCCUGUGUUCCUCUUGUGUAUUAUCGAUUAGUCAACAUUUUUAUGUUUGAUUCUGGGAGACAUUGCGUCUGGAAUUAACUGAUAACGAUUAAAAACUAUUAAAAGAAUAAUGUCUGCUACUACUCAAGACGAUCGACCAACAAAGACCAGUCAGAUUAACAAGAAAGAUAAUGAAAAAUCUCGAAAAGUCUUCACUUCUUCACAUAAAAAACACAAGCAUGAAGAUAGUCGCCAUUUUAAAUUUGGACGGAAGCGGUUACAAAGUUUUACCAAUAAUACUAAAUUUUUUCCACCGUACAAACGUAGGAAGAAGGAGGGUAUUAUCAUACCACCAACUAAAUUUCUCUUGGGUGGUAAUAUAUGUGAUCCAUUAAAUUUAAAUAGUAUGCAAGAUGAAGAAGUAAAUAGAGCUAUGAAUGCAGUUACUCCAAAAUCCAGUCCUUUACCAACGCCUAAGCACAAAAAAGAAGCAAUUGAAGUUAUAAUUCCACCAAAUAUUUGUGAUCCUCUUAAUUUAAGCAAUUGUAACGAUAAUGAGGAAUAUGAAAAACAACUUAUUUCUCCAACAAAAAAAGGCUCCAAACGACGAAAUAAAAAGCGAAAACGUGCUUCUUCGGGCUCUGGGAAAGAUGAUGCAAAGGAAGUGCAAGAAAUAGAGAUGAAAGAUAACGAUAUUAUAAAUUCUGUAGAGUCAAAUGGCAGUAGUGCUUCAGAAAGAGUUACGUCUUUGUCAGAAGAUAUUGCUUCUGAUUCUCCACCAGAAAACCAAAUUAAAGAAUGUAAAUUGGAAAGUCCACACAAGGAUAAAGUUAAAUUACGUCUAAAGGGACUGGAAGAUCUUAAAGAUAAACGAUUAAGAAAGCUAGAUGUGAAAGAUAAAAUAGUGAGUCCAGUUAUUCCUCAACCUGGUGCAUGGAAGCCUAGACCACAACAUCGUCCAAGCCAAGAUAAAAAGAAAAAACAGCAACCCUUACCAAAUUUUAAAGAAAAGGAUGCCCGUUAUCAGUAUGGAAAUUACAACAAAUAUUAUGGAUACCGCAAUCCACAUCAUGUUGUGGAUACAAGAUUGACUGUAUUUGCUCAGCGUAAACACUUAUUUUUGGGAAAAGACAUUCUUGACAUAGGCUGCAAUAUUGGACAUAUUACUUUAUCAGUUGCGAGAGAUUUAAUGGCACGAAGUGUGACAGGUAUCGAUAUUGAUAGAAUGCUUAUUAAAAUUGCACGCAAGAAUGUUAAACAUUAUGUGAACUGCGUUCAGUCACCUGCAAGCAACGAGGACAAUGGAGAAGGGCAAAGAGAUUCAGAUACAAACUUUUUUCCUAUGUCUAUGCCAAUUAAUUAUGGACCCAUUGACAUUCCUGGUUUCACUAAAAAUAAAAAUCAUAGAGGUUUUCCUUAUAACGUUACUUUUGUACAGGGAAAUUAUGUAUUAGAAGACGAUGCCCUCUUAUGCUUAGAACAACCUCAGUUUGAUACAAUUCUCUGUUUAUCCAUUACCAAAUGGAUACAUUUAAAUUAUGGAGAUGCUGGAUUAAAACGAGCUUUCAAACGUAUGUAUGCGCAAUUAUGUCCAGGUGGUGUGUUAGUAUUGGAGCCACAAGGAUGGGGUAGUUAUGGUAGAAAAAAGAAUCUCACGGAACGAAUAUAUAAAAAUUAUCAGAGUAUUGAAUUCUUUCCUAACAAGUUCACACAGUAUUUACUUUCUCCUGAAGUAGGCUUUAGUAAAUGCGAAGUUGUAUCUAUUCCUCCACAUCCAUCGAAAGGAUUCCAAAGACCUAUUCAAUUAUUCACCAAAGUUGCCUCUAUUACAGAAAACACAGAGAAUUUGGAAAAUGUAAAUACUUCCGUAUCGAGCGUGUCUAUUGAAAAUACUCAAGUACGACACGAAAGGAGAGAUCAACAGGAUUUAGAACGUAGACAAUACGAAAGAGAUCUUUUUCCAAAAGAUAAUAAAGAAGGCAACAUGUCAGAGAUCAGUCAACAAAGUGGAGAAUCAAUAAAUCAGUAUGAUCAAUUAGAAAAUGUUUAUGCGCCUAGUGCUACACCAUGCUAUGAUACACCUGGUCAUAAUAACGACAACAGUCAACCUAUGGAAAUGUCAAAAAUGUGUUAUGUCGAUGUAAAUAUUGAACAUCAUAAAGUUGAUGUAGAGACGCAAGAUGUUAAUAGCAAACAGACAAAAGAAUCUACAUUGCAAGUAUUACAUGCUAAUAAAUCUAACAUUGAACAUAAUGUAAAGGAAAUGCAAAAAGUUAUAGAAUACUCGGAUAACAAGGAUGAUGGGAUGAUUAAUAAUAAAAUUGGAGUAAAGCGAUUGGCCGAUGAUAAAAAAGUAAUCGACGAGGAUACUAAGAAAAAGACAUCUGGAACAUUGAGAACUAAUGAGAAUAAAAACAAGACACACAAAGAACAGGUUGAACCAUUACAGAAUAAAAAUGUUAUUAAAGACAAGUGUACUAUCCAGAAAAUUAAUUUUAGGAGCUCAGAGAAAACUAAUGAAGCAUGCAGACUGUCUGUACAGUCUUCCAAAAAGUCAUUCCAUAAUUUGGAUCGUGUUCAAGUUUCGAGCAAUACAUCGAACAAUGAAGGAUCUUUAGAAACGCAAUUAUCGAGUAAAUCUGACUUCCAUCAAGAUAAACGGAAUGUUACAACUAAAGAUGUCAAUGAUAAAUCGGCAAACGAAAAUCAACAGAUAAUGCCAAAGUAGCAGACACUGUAACUCGGAUAUACCAUCUUGGAGAUCAACUUGGAAAUAAUAAUUCAGUGCAAAUACAAUAACUAAGGACAUUCAUUGAGAUUUGUAUUCUUCUACUUUGAGAGAAAUAAUAUGAAGAAUUGAUUGAUUGGAAUAUAGAUCAAGACGAAGAAACAAAUUUCAUUCCAGAAUCGUUGAAAUCAUGGAUCGGAUUGGAUUCUCGGCUUUAGAAUAAUGAAACUUUUAGUGUGAUCAAAUUUGUCGUUCCAUAAGUCUUAUUUAUUUAUUAUUUGUUGGACUAUUGAUGAAAAAUUCUUUGUGCAUUUCUUUAAUGAAUCGGUUUUACAAAGCUGUCAAAGGGGAAGUAAGCUUGUGUAAUAGCAUUUCCUCUAUCGUUUGUUAUAUACAUAAUAUAUCUCGGUAUAAGAAUAUUAGAAAAUUGAUAAUAUAAUAUUAUUCGUUAUCGCAAAUCAGUUUUAGAAUAGAAUGAAAAAAAGUAUGAA